AUGCAGAUGGGGAAGCUGGUGCGACUACUUCGAGGCAUUUGGGUAAAAGCUGAGACCGGAGAGUGGGAUUUUAAGUACGACCCAUCGGAUCGAGGGUUCAGAGUGAUGGUACGGAAAAACGAGACGUUUACGUCAUUGAUGGGAGUGGUUCGAACUAGGUACCUGUUGGUUGAGACAACUCCUAUUGUUCUCACAUACCAGUGCGCAGACUGGAUGCUUGUUCCAGACGAGAGGAAAACACCUCUGGUUAACAUCUUGACGGACUCUGAUGGGCUCUACUAUAUGGCAGCCCGAAAUACCUAUCCACAACUACCGAUCUACGCAACAGUUGGACCUGAGGCUGUUGCAAGCUACCAAUACCAGUGUAGGGCUCCGUUUAUUGUAAACGGAAGGUCUUAUGUGGUCCCCGGAGCAAACCAAGGCGUAGAGGAAACAACACCGGAAUAUGACGCACUGACUACAGGACCAACGCUGGUUGGAACUCGAGGCGCUUUAGAAGAGAUCUUUACGGAGGCAGAAAUGCUUAUCCUCCACAGGGUGCACAUGGAGAUGACCAGAUCUCAUCCAAAUACAAAUUUGAUCGAUAACUUGACAUCAGAUAUGGUUAUUGAUGAAACACUCUCAAGAAACGAGGUCAUUGACGUGGAUGAUGGUCUCUUCUCAGCCUCAACAGUUCAUGGCGGAGGAAACAACACAAACUCUUCUCGGCCUCAGCAGUUCCAAUCAACUCAAGAGGACUGUCCACUCAGUCAACAAUGCCACGAGUUCGGAGAUGUUGGGCUUGGCCUUCUAGGGAAUGUCGUAAUCCUCAUUGAUGAUGAAUCCUCAACAAGAGACUCCUCGAACGAUAUGUGUAUCCUUCUCGAUGUGGAGAAGGAACAUGAUCUAGCUUUGGCCGAUACCCAAGGUAAUAAUGAUGCUGCUUCUCCUAAGGAGCUGUUUGGUGGAGGACUGAUCAACUCACCACCACCGGAACCUCAAUUUGGGCCUUACCUUGGUUUAACCUUAACUUGUGGUGGGCCAAAUGAGGGGUCACACGAAGACGGUGAUGCUGAGUCAGACAACAUCUCUGGAGGUGAAAGUGAGGAUCUGGGUGGGUUGUUGCCCUAA